AAGUUUGUGAGUGAUCGAUUUUACACCGGCCUCCUAAACUUCUCAACGAACAGCAUUUUUCUUUGUUUGCCCGUUUGCGUUUGGACAUUAACUUAUCAAAAUCCGUGAGUCCGCGUCCUGCUGUUGAAAUGGCGAACACGUUUCGCGCGGUGACGGUGUCCGCCGUCAACAAUGACGGCGCCUUGACGCCGCGUUUUAAUUUCCCCACAACCGUAAACGUGGAUUAUGACCCGCAAGGGCUCAGUGUAAAAGUGAUUCGUGCAGACCCCGUGCUAGCCCAAGAAGUGCUCGAAUUCCCCGUCCACUGCCAAAGUGAGUGUUCAAGAGUCGCCGGCCAAUCUUAUAUCUUCACUAUCGACAAUGAAACUCUAUUUUUCAAGUUCGCAUCAGAGGUCGACUGUCAGAAUUUUCACCUGCUCGUCACCAAGAUUAAAGCAGGUCGUUCGUCUUCAGUAUUCACCGUGCGUACAGAGGACUCGUCGGCUAUGCAAUACUUCCAGUUCUAUGGAUACCUUAGUCAGCAGCAGAAUAUGAUGCAAGAUUAUGUACGGACGAGUACGUAUCAGCGCGCCAUACUGUCCAAUAUUAACGAUUUCAAGAACAAAGUUGUGCUAGACGUGGGUGCUGGUUCAGGUAUUCUAUCAUUUUUUGCUGUGCAAGCGGGCGCGCGUAAAGUAUACGCCGUUGAAGCGAGCAACAUGGCACACCACGCGCAAGCUCUGGUGCGCGCGAACGGCCUCCAUGACCGAAUUUCAGUGGUUGCUGGCAAAAUAGAAGAAAUCGAACUCCCUGAGAGUGUAGACGUUAUCGUAUCAGAACCAAUGGGCUACAUGCUGUAUAAUGAACGGAUGCUAGAAACAUAUCUCCAUGCAAAAAAGUGGCUUAAACCUAAUGGAAAUAUGUACCCCACUCGUGGUGAUCUCCACAUAGCACCUUUCACUGAUGAUGCAUUGUUCAUGGAGCAAUAUAACAAAGCAAACUUUUGGUAUCAAACAUGCUUUCAUGGGGUUGAUCUCAGUGCAUUACGCACAGCAGCUAUGAAGGAGUAUUUCAGACAACCAAUUGUUGAUACAUUUGAUGUUCGCAUCUGCAUGUCUCGAUCUGUUAGACAUGUUGUAGAUUUCCUUAAUGCUCAUGAAACAGACUUGCAUCGCAUUGAGGUACCGUUCAGAUUUGAGCUGACUCAGUCUGGAACAUGCCAUGGAUUGGCUUUCUGGUUUGAUGUAUUGUUUGCGGGGAGCACACAACACAUAUGGCUGUCAACUGCUCCAACAGAACCUCUAACACAUUGGUACCAAGUUCGCUGUCUUUUAGAAACACCGAUCUUUGCAAAGCAAGGUCAAGUUCUUACUGGACGUGUACUUUUGUUAGCUAAUAAGAGACAGAGCUAUGAUGUCACUAUGGAGAUUAAUUUGGAAGGUACAAAUAUUUCGUCAUCCAACACAUUGGAUUUGAAGAAUCCUUACUUUAGAUAUACAGGAGCACCAGCAGCUCCACCUCCAGGAGUAAACAACACAUCUCCAAGUGAAUCUUAUUGGAACUCAAUGGAAUCAACAGCGACAUUGAGUAAUGGGCAAGGAGUCAUUCUUACAGAUGGUACCCAGCAAUAUUGUUCAACACCUGACCAAACAAUUGCUUAUGGGGCCCAUCCAAAUAUGAUUAAGACGGUGAUGCUUCAGGAAGAGUUCAUCAAGAGGAUUGGAAUCAGUCAAAAUGGGGACAUAUAAUCCGCAAAGACCCGCAGGGCGCGACUUCGUGCUUUGAGGAACCGCCGGAAUGAUCGGUUGUGAACACUCUUCCGUUCAGACUUUAAAUAGUGUUUAAGCAGACUGUAUAAUUUAUUUUGAAUAUACAUCACAGUGGAGAGGACUGCGCUGUAUUCGUUAGGACUUUAAGACUAUGCGGCUGGCCUUGUAUAAUAAGUAACAGAAAGUGAAGAGAAAUGCAAUACGAACUUUAAGCCUUACGGUGUAUGUUUCGUUUUUAACAAUUUAAUGACGCUUAUUAGUGUAAUUUAAAUUGUGAGAAUUGUUCAGAACUGAAGAGUCAUGAUUUGAUUGAGCCGUAAUAAUGGAUGUUCACUAAUGGCUCUUCAUGAUAACAUCACGAAAAUGA